AAUUGUAUUGCAACUGCAAAAUGCCACGUGCUGCAGCAAAGUCAAAAGCAAAGCCCAAGGGCAAGUUGUAUGCGAUGCCAGAGAAACUAAAGCUGGGCACUGUGCUAACGGAUCAAGCGAAAGGACAAUGGCGCAUUGGCGCCUCCAUAGGCAUUGGUGGCUUUGGGGAAAUCUAUGCAGCCUGUCGCAAUGGGAACGCUGACUAUGAUGCUGUCGUCAAAUGCGAGCCGCAUCUGAAUGGGCCGCUCUUUGUCGAGAUGCAUUUCUAUCUGCGAAAUGCCAAAUUGCAGGACAUUCAGCUGUACAAGCAGCAGCGCGGCAUCAAAGCACUGGGCAUGCCUCACGUGCUGGCCCAUGGCUCUGUGGACAUAAAUGAGCAGAAGCAUCGGUUUGUGGUUAUGCCGCGCUAUGGCAGCGACAUAGCCAAAUUCUUUGAGCAGAAUGGCAGGCGCCUACCCGAAGCCACUGUCUAUCGCCUGGCCAUACAAAUGCUGGACGCGUAUGAGUUUAUUCAUAGCAAGGGCUAUGUGCAUGCGGAUCUCAAGGCAGCCAACAUGCUGCUCGGCUUGGGGCAAGGCGGUGGCGCUGCCCAGGCGUACUUGGUGGAUUUUGGUUUGGCUUCGCGUUAUACUCAAGGCGCCUUUAAGCCCGAUCCAAAGAAGAUGCACAAUGGCACCAUUGAGUACAUAGCGCGUGAUGCUCAUUUGGGCGUGCCAACGCGACGUGCAGAUUUGGAAAUCCUGGGCUACAAUCUGAUCGAAUGGUUGGGCGUGGAGUUGCCUUGGGUUAAGCUCAAGCUGCUUGCGUUGCCGGCGCAGGUGCAAAAGGCUAAGGAAACGUUUAUGGCGAAUGUGAGCGCAGCAUUGCAGGCACUUUUCCAGCCCAAGCACGUGCCAGCAGCCUUGGCUGAUUUCAUGCUGUAUGUUGCCAAGCUGACAUACAAUGAAGCUCCAGACUACGACGCAUGUCGCUGCUACUUUCUCAACGAGCUGAAGCGCAUGAAAGUGGCCAACAGCGGUGAUUUGGACUUCAAGCUCAGCAACAAUAAGAGCAGUUCAGCUGCUAAGCAAGCAACUGCGCGUGGGAGAGCUAAAAAUAAUAAAUUGUUGCAGGAUGUUAGCGCAGACGAGCAGCAGCUUGAAGCACUCAAGCCAAGCAGCAAGUUAGCUGCGCAAACUAGAAUUUCAACACGCUCACAAAUUGCUGCCAACGCUGCAGCUACGCCAAAGGCAUUAGGCCCAAACAAUCAAGCAAAUCUGAAGCCGGAGCCUGCUCUAACAGCCAAAUUGCUUAGUCCAGCUCUGGCCGGCAAGACCACCAUCAUUAGCCAGCUCAAUCCACAGGCGCCUGCGCACAAAACCUAUGAAUUUGAUGUUGAACUGGAUGUUAGUCUGGAUGCAAAUGUUAUAGUCAAUGUUAGUCGCAAGAAGAAAACUGUAAGUGGUACUAAAGAUGCAACAGCCACUGCUGAAACGUCAGCCAGUAACGUUAAUGUGCGUAAAGUGGCAAGUGGAAAGUCUGUUGGCUCUGGAUCAACGCGUACUACUCGAUCAGCUGCUGUGACCAUGAGCAAGUACUUGCGUUAAUUUUCUGAUUUACUUUGUUAGCUUUGUUAAUUUGUGUUGUAAAUCAUUAAAAUAUUAAUAAA